AUGACCUUCACGAUCUUUUCAAAAAGCCGCAAUUUCGAUGAUCUGCUAGAUCCGCAGGACGAUCAUCGACAGGGACACUAUAUGUCUACCAUGUGGUUGGAUACGGUGAAAAUCCCAGGUCGCCAAGCCUGGAAAAAUGGACGUGGCAAGGCACCACGCGUUCAUCUCCACACGACUGCGAAGAAGAUGACCCCUUGA